AUGAUUAAUGAUUGGCAGAGACAAGUACAUGGAUAUAGGAGAAUGAUAGAGGAGACAUAUCAACGGGUACAACAAUUAGAAAAUGAAAGAAACACAUUACAAGAACGACAAAAGCAAUUAUUGAGAUCGGGUUUGUUGGACAGUAGCCCUGCGCAGUAUGGUAAUGCUCAAUCUCCUCUGCAGCAAUCCAGCAGUUUUAAUAUGAGAACUCAUGAUUACCCUUAUGGAUCUUUGCCAACUCCUAACCAACCCCAAGCCAUAUGA